GUUCGUGAUAUGGAAGCAAGUGGAGCUCUUUCUCGUCUAUACGCUAUUGUUUUAUGUAACUGACGGUACGCGCGAUACAGCGAUACGCUACAACCGACGAUACGCGAACGAUCGAAUGAGUUGUCUACGUCGGUAUCGGAAAUCAAAAACAAAAAAAAAAUAAAUUCAAUAAUAGUAUUACACAUCGUGUGUGAGUGUGACAGUGAUUAAACUCGAUUCGAUUUUUGUUGGUUUUUCUUUGCCUUGGCAAAAAUUCAACGCUAUAUUAUUCUCCGUGUGUUUAUCAAAAAUACUGGACAAAUGUGCAUGAAAUUCCACCAACGAUACUUAAACGUAAUUUCGGCCAAAAUGAAAUAUUAAAGAAAUCCCCUCAUGGCCACAGGCGCAUAUACAACUACAACGAAUUGUGUAUAAAAUAUUCAAGAAAAAUACAAAAAAUAUAAACAUAAGAGGAAAGAUCAGCAGCCACCAGAUAACAACAUAAUGAAUUAAUGGAAUGAACUUAAGUGUCAAUAAAAGAAAGAAAUCCCAAAAUAUAUUUCAACCAAAGCGAAGAAGAGAAACUUGUAAACACCCAGUGACUUAAAACCACAAAAAUAAUAUUUUUACACACACAAAGAAUGUGAGAAUGUGUGGUCAACAUUGUUUUGUGGGUAUUUCUUACUACUCACACUUGAACUGAUCUCGUAGUACAUUUUCUAUAAACUGUCGAAAACAUUGAACAAAAUGUAACAACAAAUAAUAAAGGGCUACAUAUCUAGCUAAUGACUUUGCAACGCUGACUUAAUUAUGUGGCACAUCCUUGCUCUUAUUGAGGUGUGAUAUCCAUUAAUUAAAUCUACUAAGUUGUUCUAGUAAAAACAAAGCAAAAAGCUAACAAUAAGGAAUUGUUUAUAAACACCAUAUAACUAAUGUGUCAUAUUUCGUGAGUGCUGAUUUGUGCAAAUAUAAAACUAAAAAAAGACCACCAACUAAUAAAAGUUUGCAACGUUUUUUAAAUACCUCUCUCUCUGUGCUGUUCGUUGUUACUUGUUGCCGCUGUUGAAGUGUUGAGAAUUCCGUGUUGAUUCGAUUUUUUUCGGGCAAAAAAAUCGAAAGCUCACACGGAACGACAUUUGAGUCAAGUUAACAAAAUAGCGAUUAUUGUACGUGUCGAGUCUUCCAGUAGCAAUGCACAACAACAGGAUGGUGUUUGUGCAGCUGCUGCCGCUGAAACAGCCGUUGCCGCAGUCGUUGCUGGCGCAACGGCCAUCUCGUCAAAGAGUUCUUCUAAAACAACGGGCCAAGUGUCACAGCCGACGACGGCCAGCUUACAGUCAGCUGCCUCCACAUCCUCUACGGGUAGUCGCUAUACAAUGGCCACAACAGCAGCGGCAGCAGGGGGAAAGACGACAACAACUUCGUCUUCUGCUUCGGCCACAGCAUCCUCAUUGUCGACGUCUUCUACAAAAACAUCAAAUAAAACCAAACAGCGUCAAGCAACAGGAUCAAACACCUCCGGAAACCAUUCUGCCAAUACCACAAAGAAUAGUGCUGCGGCUAUUGCAUCAGCAUUGCAAGCCGGCCUCAACAAUAAAGCAACGACAGCGUCGACAUCAUGUAUUUCUUCCAUUACCACUGCCGCCACCACCACCCCUAUCAUCGCAUCGAGUAAAAUUGUUGAAUCUUCAACAGCAUCUCCAAUCACCAACGCCGUUGUCGUCGUCACUACACAAUCAACGAAGGCAACCAAUGCAGCCGCAACCACACCAAUGCUUUUGUUGUCUUCCAACAAUUCAACAUCAACAAUUACGACGUCAACAGUGCAAAAGACAGACAAAUGGUGUAUAUAUGGUGCGCAUAGCUUAAUGAUCAUCGUUGGAUUUCGUGGUUUAAUUUAUAUUUAAACAUAAAACACACA